CUGCUGCGCCCUUGCGGGGGCGGGGUCCGUGCGCGGGAGGCAGGCAAUGCCACCUAUUGGUGAUGCCCCAUGUUACCUUUUGCUACAGAAUUAAUUACACCUGAGAGGAAGCAUGAGUAAAUGCAGAUCUAGGAACCAGCUGAUUCUUUGAUAAAAGCUAUGAAUCGUGGGGAGUGCCUGAGAAGAAAGAGUCCAGAAUAGAAGCCAUUAAAUGGAGAUGCAAUUGCUGAGAACAGCCAGUGGAUCUGUCUGGAUUUACGAGGACGUUCAUAUUGAAUUAGAGGGUUAACAGCAAAAUACCUUGAUGCUGGAGGGUUUUUCUCAGCGACGGCCGGCUCAGAUCAGCUUUAAUUGUGGCAGAUGGUACUUGCAUUCGGAGGAUCCAGUCCCACAUCUGUAUUCCUAAGGUGGCAUUUAGGGCAGCUUCUCUGUCUUGGCAGGGUGUCAGUGUGUGUGUUGCCCAACAGAAGGGGGAAGAUAAGCGCAGAGUUCACCUUGUAAGGCUCUCUCUGCCGGUGACUGGCUGUGGAUUUAUGGAGGUGCCAGGGAGCAGCUUUGAGUAUUGCCACGCACAACAUUGUGCCCACUGAGGAAAGGUCUCGGCCAGCUCGCCUGCCCCUGGGUCCGUGCCCUUGGGUUUAACCAUUCAAAUCUCCCGUGCAUGGCUCUCGCAGCCAAGGGACUUCUGCUGGCUGCUGCCACAGCCUGAUCCGCUUCGGGCCCCCAUCGCUGCUCCCAAGUACUCCACCUAUCCAGAUGGGGUAACGUGACGGAGCGAAACGGCACGCGAGGAGGUUCCCCGAUGCAGAGGCCUUUCUAGAGAAGAGAGCAAGGAAACCGGAGGGCGCGGAAGGCAGGGAGGGCGGCGGCUCUGGAUUGCACACCCAAAGGAAACUGACACUACAACAGGAGAUUAUUAUUUUUUAUUAUUAUUAUUUGGCUUCAAGCACAUGGUUUUUUGUGUGUGUUGGGGGAUCUAACACACUCCCAAGAGCUGGGAAUAUUUGCACAACAUUUGUGUUGGGGGUUUUUUAAAUUACUUCCCUCCCACCCCAAACUCCAAGGUUUUUUUUUUGUUUUGUUUUUUUUUUACUUCUCGUCCUUCUUUCUUUAUUUCCCCCUGCCACCCUCACUUCACCAUGGCCCGUAUGAAUCGGCCUGCGCCUGUGGAGGUGUGCUACAAAAACAUGCGGUUCCUGAUUACUCACAACCCCACCAAUGCCACGCUCAGCACCUUCAUAGAGGAUCUGAAGAAAUACGGAGCGACAACGGUAGUGCGGGUCUGCGAAGUGACCUACGACAAGACUCCCCUGGAGAAGGAUGGCAUCACAGUAAUGGACUGGCCCUUUGAUGACGGCGCUCCUCCUCCCAGCAAAAUAGUGGAAGACUGGCUCAACUUGCUGAAAACAAAGUUCUGCGAAGACCCUGGCUGCUGCGUGGCUGUUCAUUGUGUGGCUGGCCUGGGCCGAGCUCCUGUUCUCGUAGCCCUGGCUCUGAUUGAGAGCGGGAUGAAGUAUGAAGACGCCAUUCAGUUCAUCAGACAGAAGCGCAGAGGAGCCAUCAACAGCAAGCAGCUAAUGUACUUGGAAAAAUACCGGCCAAAGCAGAGACUCCGAUUCAAGGACCCUCACAACCACAAGAACAGAUGCUGCAUCAUGUAACCUCAGCAACCUCUUGCCAAAACACACGCACGGACACACACACGGGGGCACGCAGGGUCGGACGGUGGCGUUGCGGGGAGCUUGGACAAAGUGGCACUGACCUUUCCUUGUACAUGGGGCACUCUCUCUUUUAAAGAAUCGCUGCACCCCUGGCCAGCUAAGGCCGAGGAGAGAAGAUGGUUCGGCAUCUCACUCCGGGUUUUAAUGGACAAAGAAUUAGCCCAUCAUUUCCCCCCGCCCUCCCCAAAAUCUCCCUUCCCCCUCCUCACCCUUUCCUCAGCUGCAGGCGGAGCUUGAGUGGAUCUGAAUUCUUUGCACUGAACCCAACUGCAGGAAGAGAUCUGUCCAGGCUGCGCUGCCCCGGGGAUGGGUUGUGGGAGGGAGAAAUCCAGAGAAUUUGCCUGCUGCCUGGUGUGUGACAGCCGCAGUCUGGCACUGUGUCACAUACGCAUCGGGCCAGCCCCUUGCACUGGGUUUGCUGGAUCGGGGGUUAGGAUGUGCUCUGAGGUUGGGUUUCCCCACUGGUCACAGACGUUCUUCCCCCUCCCUUCUCUCUGUGCUGCUCUUCGUUAGGGCCGUAAUGUUACACGUCCCAGCGGGGCACAUAGAAUCAAGGGCAAGUGGCUUGUUUUAGUUCCCUGGAGUUUGCUCCAGUCAGUCACUCGGGGCAGGGUGUUGUUGAGGGAGGAGACGGCGCUGUUACAUACACUGACUGAAUUCCAGCCCUGCACCGAACAUCCCCCGUGUGUCCCCUGGGAACGUCACUCUCCAACAGAGAACUCGGUUCGUUCAGAUUUCAAGGGCUUUCUUCCCCCUCCCAGCCACCUCUCUCCUUUGCCUGAAAAGAACCUGCCCCUAGAGUUCCUUUGCUCCUUCUGAAAUCAAAUGGUCUUUUGGGGGAGUGGGUUGUACACUGGGGAGGGCGGGUGGGAUUGGAAGGGGAGCGCGUUGCUGGGGCCAGUAAAGGGUCUUCUAGCUGGGAGGAAAGGGGCUUAGGUGUGGACGCUAGCCAGGUGUUAGAUAGAUGCAUCCCAGAGCAUAUUCACAACCUCCAAAUAGAGACUCCAGGACUGGGUUGGUGCUGGGGCUGACAGGGAGAGAGAAGGGGCAGCCCGGCAAUUUGAUGUCACAGAGGCGUAGCGUGUGAGGGGAUUGGGAGUAUGGGACGUUUCAGUCGCAUUCUUGGAUCGUAGGAGUUUCCCGUCUGGCUCAGCGUUAGUGUAACUAGCCAGGAUCUGCUUGUUUCACCUUGAAAGCCGCCGUCUGGCUGGAAGACUGAGCAGCUUCCUACACCAAGUGAACCCCGGAGGAGCACAAGGGGACGGGUGGUGAUAGUUCUCUUGAAAUUUGUCAUCUUUUCCCUUCUGACUGGGUCUGAUCUUCCCCGUGGCACAGCGUCUGCUGCAGCAGCAGCUUCCUGUUCAGGUAGCCAGCCCUCCGCGGUGCUCUGCAGUGACAUUCACCUUUGGCCAUGACCCGUGGCUGGGGUUAGGUACCACUGCCCUUGGGGAAAUAUCAUUGAUGUUGGGUUCUCUCCAGAUGGCUGCAGCUGUAACCCUGGGCUACCCCGGUGGGUUGGGGAAAGGGCUCCCUUGGUACACAUGGCCUGGAUAAGUGUGUUACCCAGGAGAGGGGAGCACCUUGGUUACAGGAGGAGGCCAGUCCGGCGAAGCGGUGACUUCAGGAGAACACUGCUGUGGCAGAGAUGCCCAGAUCUGUAGGGGGACCGGGGACUGGGCACUACUCUUCUGUCUUACCCCUUCCUCAGGAAUCGAGGCGAGAACGGAUGGCAGGUCUCCUGGACUUCAGGUGUCGGCCACGCGUCCCUUCCCUAGAGCACUGCCCACGUGUGUCCUGUCACCUCUGACCUCUUUAUUAAAUGCACAAGCUUUACAAAAUGGGAAGAAGAUGUUUAAUGUGCUCCUUGGUGAUGAUGAGAAUGGGUGCUGCAGCAGAGCACAUGGCAAGUGCCCACAAUCCCAGCUCCACCGUACACUUCCCCUGUGGCUUGCGCACAUCAUGUCACGUGUAUGUGUCUCCGUGUCCCGAGAGAGGAGAUGAGGGGGCUGGGAGGAUGGAUAGCAAAGCGCCGAGUGGCCAUUGAGUGUUAGCUACGUGGGGGGUGUCCUCCCGGAAACUUCCCUGGCUAAUCUGCGUGAAAGCCACUGGGGUCCUAGGUUUGGAGAGGGGCUAGGAAGGGUCAGUCUCUUGCAUGCAGGUCCUGUAGUGGGGAAGGAUUAAGAAACUCUUCCUCCAAAUCCUGCGUCCAUUUCUAAGGGCUCUCCUGCCCCGUGUGCGGAGGGGAGCCUGCACCUGAAGAAAGGGGAGAUUCAUGUGGGCAGCCGGCUCUGUUUGGAAGGGGGCAGGUGAGAUGGACACAUCCAAACCGAUGCCGCUUGCUUCUGCCCCAGUGCCCCUGGGCCCGGGGAGUGCAGUGCUCCCCUGUGGGCAUGGGGCGGGAGAGCAGCUUGGAAACCCCUGGGAGUCUUCCUUUCUCUACCUGGCUCCCUUCUGUAUCAGGGAGAAUAGGGCCCCCGUUGCUUCGCCGACCCAUGCCAUUGCUCCUCCCUGUGACUGUGCAUUUCUCCGAGCCCAGAAAGGAGCCAGUCUCAGAAACCGCCCGCUGCCGGCUUGCUCUUCCCUAACCCCUAGCCGAUUGGGGAGCGGGGUCUCUAAAGGGAUUUCAGUGGCACUUCUCAGAGAGGCAGCCCCAGGGAAGGGUUUUUCCCUCCUUCCCAGCCCCCUGGCUGUUCCAGGUUCUGCCAUGAGCCGGCCAGCCCCACAAUAGCCAGGAACUGGUGAUUGUUUAAAACGGGGCAGAGGGGAGCAGCCACCUUUCCCUUGUGGCAGAUGAAUCUGCAGUGCAAGGAGUGUGUGUGGGGGAGGGAGAUGCAGGAACACCAUCCGCGGGGUCUCUGGCUCACUACUGCACCCACUCUCCUUUGGGGCUCCGGUGAACCUAGCGAUGGGGAGUUCUCCACCCCGCAGCUGUCCUGAGUCGCUAUCUGAGCAUGCCCAGGCACUGCCAAGGAUACUUUGUACUGCCCGCGGAUGCCCCCUGUUGUUUAAAGCCAUGUGACAUGGAAGAUGGCCGAUUUCCGCCCUCCCCGCUGUGCGGUGGAGAAUGGAACGUGCUGGCCCAGUGUGAACGCGGCUUCAGCGGUGCCGCGCCAGCUUGAUCCUUCUGUAUGGGUCGGUCUGAGAGGAGAGGUCCUGCCUCUUCCACUGGCCCCUCUAACGUUGGGGGCAGGCUUGGGGGUAAACGGACGAAUGGCCCUCCCCCCCGCCCCGUGCACUGCUGUAUGCUUCCCAGUUUGUCAGCGCUAUCGGCUUUGACCUCGGCUGGGUCCCAGCUCAGGAUCUCUGCAAGCAGGCGCCUCCGUGUCGAGCAUUCGAAGCUUGGGUGGACUCAGCAGUUCAUCUUCCCCAGCCCGGCCCACUACCUCUACUGCAGCCAGCAGUAAAGAUGGCGCCCUCCAGUCUAGAAAGAGGCACUGAUGCCAGAAGAACGCCAAGCAAAACAGCCUGCAAGGUGACAUGUUCCCUGGGCAUGCUUCAAACUCCCCCUCGGAGUCAGGCCUGGCUUCGGCUUUAGAGUCUGCCUUGACGUGCUCCACACCAGAGCAAUCCAUUGACCCUGCACACACCCUCCCCCCAGUGAAAUCCUUAAUGCAGGCACACGGGAGCAUGGGUGUGUGUGAACACAUGGCGACAAUUACAUCAUGAACACCACUGGGCAUGCUUAUGGGGCGGCUCUCCAGUGGCAGAAGUGAUGUAUUUAAACACCCACCAUAAUAUGCUUGUUAAUUCCUGCCCUUGCAAGAAGAAAACACAUUUUUAACAGAUGAAAAAUGGAACAUAUUUGCCUUCCACGAAUCCUCUGGCCUUUCUUCUCUCAUCGGCUCCAUUUCUAAGCACCGCCGGGCACUGCAGCUCGUCUGUCGAGGAACCGGGGCUGGACGGCCGCGCCAAGGGAAAGAAGAAUAUAAACUUCCCUCCUCCUGAGCAGAACACACAGAAAUGAGGAGAGGUUAUCCACACCCCAGUGCAAAACCUUCCUUCCGCGGAAGCCAGCCCUAGUUGUUCAUGCUUAUUGCAUCCCGAGUUGGAAAUGUAGCCCACUCACCCGCCGCGCUGGUCAAGCACAAAGCCGUGAAUGGAAAGGACUCUGCCCCUCGGCAUAAUUUGUGAUUGUAACUCGUCGUCGUAGCAUCUUCCAUUGAUAUCCCGUGGGGAUCAUGAAUGGGGAUGACAAAUGCUGAUUUCAUCUGCUCCUUGUCAAUAAUAGCGACGUUGGCCAGAACCUAUUCGCGUGGAUGGGCCCAGAUGAUCAACAAUGCCGAGUGAUUUUGAGUGCCUCCAUUUUUGGGGUGCCCAACCGGAGCUGCCUUAAAGGGGCCUUGACUUUCAAAAAGUGCUGAGCAUCAGGCACCAUUUCAAGUCUCAAAUUCUGGGCCCCUAAAAACACAGUCACCAGCCCCUCCUGUAGCUUCACCUCUGAUCUCGUAAAGAAGGCUGUAUAGGUUCUGCAGGCAUCUGCAAAGGAGCCGGUGUAGGUUUAAUGGCUCCAGGCUGCGUGACUUAUUCGGAAACCGUCUCUAGUGCUGCCUCUCAUCCACCCCAAACGCCACCACUUCACAGAAUGCUCACGCUGAGGCCAAUCCUAGGGGGUUGGUUAGUAGCGUUGUUCCUCCGGCUGCUGGGAGACCAUGAUGACCUCGGGUGUGCACCACACUGAGCAAUGCCCCAGAGCAGCGCUGUGUUUCUGUGCCAGCAGCUCGUCUUUCCUCCGCCUCUGGAUCUUGGCAGGAAUCCCACACAAGGUCACUGCCUUUAGAUGGAAGUGAGAUGACCCUGAGAUACUGUCUGUCUAGAUAGCAUAGGGUAAGAGCUCUCUCGCCAGCCCUGUCUUCGAUUUGCUGCCAGAAUCCUCCAUGCUAGGGGAUACAGUCUCCAUGCAAAGGAGCUCCUUAAAUUUACAUGGCGACAUCCACGGUGGUUCUCCCAAGAUUUCAGAGUCCAAGGCACAGAAAUCCCCAUCUUGGUUUAACGUGACAUUAGCAGGGGCUCUACAAAUCCGCCCGGGCUAGGAGGGAGUAGUGUGUUGCUGCGUCUCGGAGAGGUUAGAGGUGGGACAGACCUGCGGCAGCAGUAGCCCAGAGGGGAUUAAGUUUGGUGCUUAACUGAUCCAGAUUGGAUGCUCCGUUUCUCUCUGGUUUACUCCUGUAGUGUUUAUUUGCAGGCGUUCACAAAAGAUGCUGUCGCCACUGGGGAUUUGCACUGUGAUUGCAGGUUCUCCUAACUUCUGCACCAUGUCCUAGGAGAAGAUGCAUCUCCAUCCAGCCCUUUCCCUGCUCUCUGUGGGACGCCCACCCAGCUCCCAUGAACUUCCUUUGCGUUUCUCCUCCAGUCCACUUUGCUAGCACGUUUCACCUGAGCAAGAAGCCAGCAAGAUGGGGACAGGGGACGGGGAGGGAUGGAGGAGAAAGGUGUCAAUCACAAAAUGCUGUUGCAGUCAGUGGCAGCAGGAUCGUGCCCUACACGUGGAGCCCUUGGCAGAGUUGGGACAGGAACAGAGAUCAUCAUGGAUGUAUCAUGAGUUCCUUUUAGAGGGCUGCAGAGUUCAGCUGCUGUAACCCGCAUCAGCGCCGCUCUGGUCCAACAGCAGUGGGAGGAUGCUCGGCCCAGCCACACUGAUGGCCCCAGUUCCUCUUGGCCAAAAUGCCUGGAGUGACACAAUACACCCCCAGAUCACAGCAGGCUGCAGCCAUGUUGCUGUUCUAGUACAAUCCGUGUACCCUGCUGAUAAAGCCUCUUUUCCAUCACACGACGGGCCUGCGAGAAUACUGCACCGCAGAGCUUUCAGCCUCCCAAAUGGAAGCCAGGUCCAUGGCUGAUCAACGGCGGCUUGAGGGUGCCGCCAAUGCUGCGCACUCCUUUGCACUUGUGGAAAUGUUUCUAUAUCAGCACCCUGCUGGCAUGAGGUCCCUUCUCGCCCUCCCCUCCUGACCCUAACCCUCAGGAUAAAGGCGAUGCAGCCCAGCGUGAGCAGGGAUGUGCAUCGUCACGAGCGUUCAGUGUGGAUCGGUGGCACGGGAUUGCACUGAGUGGCAAUGGGUUCAGAUCUGCUCCGUUCCUCGGGGGGAGUGUGAGAGCUCAGCCUGGUUCAGACCCCCUUUGCGCCACCACCCCCAGGUAGAGUUCAGAGAUUGAAACAAGUGGCUCUUGUCUGUCGCGGUGGGUGUGAUCUGAACUCGGGGGGGGGGUGUUCUCUUUCUUUGGAUGGGGACAAGUCGCAGGAUAAAUCAGAAUCAAUUCCAUUGACGUCAUGGAGCAUGUAGAACUGAGGGGACAGGAGACUGAUGUCUCCGCUUUGCUUUGAAGAUUGGUAUUAUGAACUCUCUCUGAAGGCCUCUUUGUGUUAAAAUGGUGACCAGUUUUCCAGGUCACUGCAAAACCAUGCCCCCCUUAGCUGCUGUAAUUGGUUUUUGAUGGACACCUCUCUCCUGGGACGGAACUUAUUACCUCCUUUUGCUAAGGGUGUAGUUCUGUGUAUGAGACACCGAUGGUUUUGGUCAGGGAGCGGGGAGGGUUCUUGUGUCUCGGACUCACAGCUGGUUAAGAAGUGUCUGUCCAAUAGAAGUUCUCGGAGGAAAUCUUUGCGCCUGCACAGUCGUUACUUACAAGUGAGAGCGAUUGAGUGGAGCAGAGCUGGGGGUGGGGGUGGGGGGGGAAUACGCGUACAGAAAAGGGAUGAUGGAGUCUUAAAGAUGCAGUUUUAAAGCCUGUGGUUAGGAUUGUCUUGAUGGGGCUAACAAAAUAAAGCAGAAAAAGUGCUCAGAUUUUCCUGUUUAUCUCUAACAUUUGCCACCAUUUCUGGCUAGCAGCGGCAGUUUGACAGUCAACCAGAGCAAUAUCUCCCCCCACACGCCCCCAAAAAGGAACAGAUGAGAGGAUCUGCGAUUUCUCCUCACCCAUGACAUUGCUUUAUCAUUUCAGUGGCUUGAUUCAAAGCUGGACAGUCUUUGCCUUGCCUCUCGCACACGUGGCAUUUCGGCAGUCGCACAGGGGAAAAACAGCUUUGUGCCUUUUUGUACUUUGUGGUCCAAGAUUUCCAAAUGUGGGUGUCUAAAGUGAGGUUCCUAAGCCCAUUUUUAAGCAGCUAAAAUGAAGGGCCUGUUUUUUCAGAAGGGCAGAGCAGCCAUCCUCUCACCGUGUUCAUGGGGAGCUGCUGGGUGCCGAGUGCUUUCACUCUGGACAUAGGAGCCGGACUUGAGGUACCCAUUUCUGAACAGCUUGGCCACAAAGUGUUUUAAAAGGCAACAGAAAAGGCCUGAGGUGUUAGGAUUUUUCCUGCUUUGUCCACCCUUUCUUCCUGGGAGGUUCCCAGACAAUUAGAAAGCAAGCAGGUUUCAGAUACUGGAGGCAUCGUAACCACGAAAUGAGGCUUGCUGCAUGGUGGAAGUGAUUUGUAUUUGUGUUUGGUUUUGCUAACCUUUGUUUAUAUCAAAUGCUUGGAAGAAGAGAACUCCUAGUUAAAGAAUUGUCCUUAAUUCAUAGACUAUCAGGGUUGGAAGGGACCUCAGGAGAUCAUCUAGUCCAACCCCCUGCUCAAAGCAGGAACAAUCCCCAGAUAGUUUUUUUGUUUUGUUUUUUUUAAACCCCAGAUCCCUCAGUGCCCCCCCUCAAGGACUGAGCUCACAACCCUGGGUUUAGCAGGCCAAUGCUCAAACCACUGAGCUAUCCUUCCCCUCCCUUUGAAGUCGCCAGGGCAUCACGAUCAUCCCUGACCCACUGCUCUGGAUCCUUCCAGCAAAACUAGGGCAAAACCUGAUUGACGUUCCGAAUGUUACAAAUAAAAAACAAACAGCUGGAGAAAUAAACAUUUCAUGUCUCCUUUGUCUAUCAUAGGGAAGCCAAAAAAAGGCACAGACUGAGCUGUAGGCACCAUAGACAAUAUCCUUCUUCCCUUCCCUUUAAAAUGAAUUCUCGUAAAUAUUUGAAUUCCUAGCGCUGACACUGUGCCAAACCCUAGCAUUCGGCGUGAUCGCUAUAAACAGACACUCUCUGACCAGCAUCUGAAGCAGCUUUGUGCUAUUCAUGAAGGAGAGGAAUUGUCUAACUGAGCUUGAGUGGGGGUGGGAAAUAUUAACCUGGGGGGAGGGGGUCAUUUCCUCUGUGUGCGUUACAAUGUUUUGGCUUAAAAUGAUCAUGUUUUCCCUUCUGUUCUCGGUGCUUUGUGAUUUAAAAAAAAUAGAAAAUACUGAAAGGUGACAGUGGUGAGGAGUGUGAAAUACCUGUGUAAAUGGCCACCUUUUGAACUGAGGUUUGUUUCUACCUAUUUAAAGAUUGUGUUAUUGGUAAAUUAUAUUACGGGUUUUGAGAUAAAGCCACCACCACCAUACUUGGGCUGAAGGAGCUUUCAGCAACAGAGUUAUUACCAUUAGCCAGUUUGGGAAGAGGCAGAGGCUCGUCUGUCCAAACAAAAUGAGGGUUAAGUUGCUUUAUUUUUCAAAACUGACACAGGGAAGCAAAAGGAAGAUCCUUUUUAAAACUGCAGUUUACAAGUUCUUCUAUCCCAUUUGCUUCUAACCACUUGGCUCCAUAGGCAGCUUCAGCUUUUGGUCUUGUUCUGGAUACUGUCUGGUGAGGCAAGAAUUCGCCUGGUGUCUUUGCUCAGUGUAGGGCUAUGGGACAGGGGGCAUCACAUUUUCAAGCAUAUAACCAACGUUCUUAGGGGUUUUUUAAGUGUUCUGCUUUACUUUAGAUAAUAUUCUCCCAGAAGAACUCUUGAUUUCCCGGCUGUUUCUUUCUCUGCAACAAAGAACUGCGUAUAGUUUUCCUUUUAAUCUCCGUGGGCAAUCUUAGUAGUAUGUAGAUUAAGCCCAAGGACUUUUUUGGUCUGAGCCAUAGCUAAAUUAUUAUAUCCAGUGCUUUUAUACCAGACAACAUCACUUGGGAUAUGCAGAUGAGGUAUAGGAUCUUGACACUUUAUAACCUUUUUUAAAAGAAAAGUCUGUUUACUUAUGUCUUGUGUAAAAUCGUAUGCCUUUUAGUAAUCACUUUUAUGAAAUUCCUAAAGUGGAUUAAGGGAGUUUUGCCUCCGGCAACAACAGCAAAAUAAAAAUAAAGGGUUCACUGUU